CUCGCUCUCCUGUAGCCGGGGCCCCAGAGCCUGAGCUCCAUGCGCGCCACACAGCAUCCCUUUUGACUUCAUGAAGAUCCCUGACAUUGGUGAUGUAAUGAAUAAAUUUGAAGUCCUUGGGAUUGUGGGUGAAGGUGCCUAUGGUGUUGUUCUGAAGUGCCGACAUAAGGAGACAAAUGAAAUUGUGGCCAUUAAGAAAUUCAAGGACAGUGAAGAAAAUGAGGAGGUUAAAGAGACAACCCUGCGGGAGCUUAAGAUGCUCCGCACUCUCAAGCAGGAGAACAUUGUGGAGCUGAAAGAAGCCUUCCGGAGGAGAGGGAAGCUCUACCUUGUUUUUGAGUAUGUGGAGAAGAAUAUGCUUGAGCUGCUUGAGGAGCUACCGAACGGAGUGCCAGCUGAAAAAGUGCGCAGCUACAUCUUCCAGUUAAUCAAAGCAAUUCACUGGUGCCAUAAACAUGACAUUGUUCAUAGAGACAUAAAGCCAGAGAACCUUCUCAUCAGCGCCGAUGACGUCCUCAAGCUAUGUGACUUCGGUUUUGCACGCAAUCUCUCGGAGGGGACUGAUGCCAAUUACACUGAGUAUGUGGCCACUAGAUGGUACCGCUCUCCAGAGCUCCUGCUCGGGGCUCCUUACGGGAAGGCGGUGGACAUGUGGUCAGUGGGCUGCAUCCUGGGGGAGCUGAGUGACGGGCAGCCUCUGUUCCCGGGCGAAAGUGAGAUCGACCAGCUCUUCACCAUCCAGAAAGUGCUGGGACCCCUGCCACCGGAGCAGAUGAAGCUCUUCUACAACAACCCUCGCUUCCACGGACUGAGGUUUCCUGCUGUGAACCACCCCCAAACCUUGGAGCGCCGGUACCUGGGCAUCAUCGGCGGAGGCCUGCUGGACCUGCUGAAGAGUCUGCUGCUGCUGAACCCGACGGAGCGCUUUCUCACCGAGCAGAGCCUCAACCACCAUGCCUUCCAGACCCUGCGGCAGGUGGAGCGGCCGGGCCCGCCCACGCCCACACCUGUGCGCUCCUCCAAGAGGAAACCCCACCACGGAGAUAACACCACCCCCAGCAGGAGCCACGGGGGGAAGAGCUCAGGAAGCCACCGCUCCAGCAGCAGAGAGUGCUCCAGCUUACCCCGACAUGAAGACCUCCACCCAAACAACGACAGCUUUCUCAACGGCAACAUGUCUGCGGCCAUCAACCUCAGCCCCACGCUGCAUCCCAAGAACUACCAGCCGCAGCUCUUCAACCACUCCACCUCCUGCGGCAUGGACCUGGCCAGCAGCAACCUGCCCCACCUCCUCAGCCCCAGUGAGGCCAAGGGCAAAGGCGACUUCGAGAUGAACCUGGGGUCCAAGGUGUCGGACGGCCCCGGAGCCAAGUACCUCAAGUCCAACUUCCGCUCCCAGCAGAACCGCCACUCUUUCGUGGAAGGGAAGACCAACACGCUUCAGUCCGGGGACAAGCACAGUCGGCACAGCUACAUGGAGUCGCACGGCUCCACGCCCUCGUCCAAGUUCGCCUACCUGAACUUGUCCAAGAGCUACGGCACGCUCAGCGACGCCAAGUCGGUGGGGAACCUGAACGACAUGCAUCUCUACGCGGACGAGCCCACGUCUCGAUACUUCCCCUCCAGCUGCCUGGACCUCACGGCGCCGAGCAGCCCGGCGGCGCGCCGGGUGGACAGGCUGGGGCCCGGCACGGGCGGCAGGGGGAGCAUGCGCUCAGACAGAGAGAGCAACACCCUGGACUCCUCCUACCGGCGCUCCUCCACCCGCCAUAAGACCUCCGAGGAGUCCAAGUCGCCCGAUAGCCUGGACCCGGGGGACAGCGGUGAACGGAGUCACUCCCACUCUCUGUCCGCCCCGCACGACCCCCUGUCCUACGGUCAGGGAUACACCAGCCCCUUCUCCUCCCAGCAGCGGCCGCACCGCCACUCCAUGUACGUACGGAGGGACCACCAGAGGACGCACGGGGCGGACGAGGGCCUCACGGUGGGGCAGGGGAUGCCCACCAGAGCCAGCAGCCUCCAGCUCCUGUCUCCGCAGCUGCAGCACCGCACGCUGCCCCGCCACUCCGGCGGCUCCUCCAGGGAAGACGACAUGAGCAGGAGCGAACAGGCUCCCACUGAGGUCACCCACAGCAGACCCCCAAUAAGGGACUCCACAAGGGACAACACCGCAUCUUUUCACACACAGCGGCAAAAAAGCGAGGUUGGCUUGUACCAUGACCAGCAAGCAGAAGAUGGGGGCUCUUCCAAAGAGAACCGCAACAUCUACAGUGAAUCCAUGCCCAGGCGGGUGGGCAGCUUCUACAGAGUCCCUUCUCCCCGGCCAGACAACUCCUUCCACGACAGCAGGGGUCAGAGCCGGGGCUCGGGAUUGUCUGGGGACGGCAGCAGCAUGACCAACCACUCCAAGCGUCAGCCGGCCUUUGACCCCUGGACUGGCCCAGAUACUGUAGUCUUAAAUGCCUCUGAGCCAUCCAAAGAAAAGGAGAAGCAGGGCUUCUUCAGAGCAAUAAAGAAGAAAAAGAAAAAAUCUCAAAUGAUGGAAAUCCCUGAAGGAAGACAACCUGUCAUCAAGAAAUGUCUUUUCCCUCUGUUUAGUCCAAAGAAUAACAUAAAGCAUAGUUCCUCCAUGAGAGUCCUCCCUGUAGUGUCCUCCGCCAUGGUUUCUAACGAAGGGGUGGACGCCGUCAUGCAGAAGUCCUCCAGGUCCUCGGGUCACCAGAGCAGCCGCCACAGGAGUCGAGACAAGAGCAGGGACCGGGACCAGAGCCGAGAGCGAGACAAGGAGUGGCCGCCGGAGAAACUGUCCGACUCGCACUCUCCAAGUCAGCCUCUGAAGUCCCUGCGCAAGCUCCUUCACCUCUCAUCCUCAUCCUCCAACCAGAAUCCGCCCUCCGACAUGCGCUACCAGCCUCUGCCCAACUCCACCUCGGGCCAGGGCGGCUUCGCCGAAGGCCGGGGCCACUCAGGGGUCAGCACGCCGCAGCUGAAGAGCCGGCAGGCGGCGUACCCGCUGCCCACGCAGCUGGAGUCCGGGUGGCACUCUUCUGCCCUGGGCCGCCCCGAGGGAAACCCCUACCCGGAGCAAAUGAUCGGCCAGAACGGGCACGGCUUCGGACGCCCGUCCCGGUCCCGGAUGCCAAACCUCAACGACCUGAAAGAGACGGCGUUGUGAUCUGUCACACCCCACCCGAGGCGGCGCUCAUGUACACUUCAGACUCCUCUGUUUCCCCUCCGAUGCUCCUACACGUCUCUUGUAUAACAGUGCUGAACACACACACACACACACACACACACACACACACACACACACACACACACACACACACACACACACACACACACACACACAAACACCACCAAACCUUCAGUUUUAAACACUGCUUGCAAACAGGCCAAAAGCCUUUAUAUGUCUUAAUUUUUUUUAAAGCUUCCAUGUUUGAUAGACUUUAUAUUAUUACUACUGUAAUUCUGAUAAUUUGUAUCAUAAAGUAAAUAUAUUACAAAUUGAAAAUAUCUAUAAAUAUAUAUAUAUAUAAUGGAUAGAUGAAGUGUAGAUUCUAGUGUAAGUAUUUUUGUUUCUAUCGAAUAUAUAAAUAUAGUACAUUUUAUGGCAUAAUAUUUCUUUCAGACUAAUCUAAGGCAUUCUAAACAUGAAGUUUUAUCAGUCGUUACAAAUAGAGGUUGGUAAUGUCAGUAACUCGUGCUCAUCUCAUUCAGGAUUGUAACUCUCUGUCCAAGCUGUCUUCUUGCCUUUGGAUGUGCUCUGUCGAACUG